AUGAAUUGCUGCAGAACUCCACCAAGGGAUUCUUGGGUUUAUCCCACCGUGAUACUCUGCUUAUUCGGAUUUUUCUCCAUGUUCCGGCCCUCAGAAUCAUUCUUAAUCCCAUUUUUGUCUGGACCCAGUAAGAAUCUUACCAGCACAGAGAUGACAAAUGAGAUCCUUCCUGUUUGGACGUACUCUUACCUGGCAAUGCUGCCACCCGUGUUUGUCCUCACCGACUACCUACGCUACAAACCCAUCAUCAUGUUACAUGUGAUGGCCUUCACCAUUUGCUACCUGUUUCUCUUGUUUGGCCAAAGUGUGAUGCUCAUGCAGAUAGCUGAGUUCUUUUUCGGGAUUGUCUCAGCCACGGAGAUAGCCUACUUUGCCUACAUAUACAGCAUGGUCAGCCCAGAGCACUAUCAGAAGGUGAGCAGUUACUGUCGGAGCAUCACGCUGGUGUCCUACACAGCAGGCUCGGUGCUAGCCCAGCUCCUGGUGUCCCUGAUGAACCUGCCAUACUCUACCCUUUUUUUCAUAUCCUUGGCCUGCGUCUCUGUGGCUUUCUUUGUCUCACUUUUCCUACCCAUGCCUAAGAAGAGCAUGUUUUUCCAUACGAAGCCUAACAGAGAAGCUUGUCCAAAGCCACUGGAACCAUGUACUGUCCUCAAGGAAGCUCACAACAACGGAGCUCAGCCAGAGUUGUUUGCCAAUGCGCAGAAUCUAGGGGACAGAGAGCAAGACAACUCAGCUUUGAGAAUCUUUGUAUAUUGGUUCCAGGAUCUGAAGGAGUGCUAUUCCUCAAAGCACCUGGUUUACUGGUCCCUGUGGUGGGCUUUUGCCACAGCAGGUUAUAACCAAAUCUUAAAUUUUGUUCAAGUUCUAUGGGAACAAAAGGCUCCCUCUAAAGACUCUUCGAUCUAUAACGGAGCAGUAGAGGCCAUAGCAACAUUUGGAGGAGCUUUGGCUUCAUUCUCAGUGGGCUACAUAAAGGUCAACUGGGAUCUCCUAGGAGAGCUGGGCCUGGCUGUCUUCUCGGCUGUCGUCGCAGGAUCUCUGUUACUCAUGAAUUACACGCUCAGCAUCUGGGUGUGCUAUACUGGCUAUGUGCUGGUCAAGUCUAGCUAUUCAUUUCUUAUAACCAUCGCUGUCUUUCAGAUUGCAGUUAACCUGAGCUUGGAACGUUAUGCCCUGGUGUUCGGCAUAGACACCUUUAUUGCCUUGGUGAUUCAGACCAUCAUGACUAUGAUUGUGGCAGAUCAAAGAGGGCUCCAAUUGCCAGUCACUACUCAGUUUUUAGUUUAUGGGAGUUACUUUGCUGUCAUUGCGGGGGUCUUCCUAAUAAGAAGCAUAUACAUUCUCUACUCAGCUAAGUGCCGAAAGGAAGUGCAGAACCUUGCUACCACCCAGAGCCCUGGUGAGCCAUACCUACAAGAGCCAAGAGAUGUGUCAACAAAGUUCUAACCCAGUUACAUCGACUCCAGUGACAAAAGGACAGGAUUUCAAGAUGGGCAGCCAGAAGAGCUUUGCCACACACAGGCACCCUAUCAGAACAGAUUCCAAAACCACAACCAAACUUCAUCUUCAGGCUAACCACCCAGCUCACUGCAAGCACUCCAUAUAUGACCAUGGCAGCUAUAUUAGUUACUUUCUUGAUGCUAUGACAAAAUAUCUAACAUGAAACAACUCAAGGGAGGAACUUAAAUGUUUCAGUUCAUAGUUUGGAGAGAUACAUUCCAUUACAAAAGAGCAGACAUGAAUGCAGGACAAAGGAGCUACUGGACACAUUGCAUGUGCAAUCAGGAAGUAAAGAACAAUGAAACCUGGUGUUCAGAUCACUUUCUCCUUUUUAGUCAACUUAUAACCCUAGCCAAGGGGAUGGUGCCACCCACAUUUACAGUGAGUCUUCCCACCUCAGUGAACCUAAUACAGAUAAUCCCUCAAUGAUACUCAGAGAGGCUAUGUCUUUGGAUUCCAGAGCUUGUCAAGUUGACAAUAUUAAUUGCCAAUAGUAACAGCUGACAACCCUCAUUGGGGGUCCCCAUGAAGAGCAAUAACUUGGGAAUUCUAGUUCUGACAGUUCGAAGAACAAGCAAAGGGCAUGGAAAUAAGCCAUGAAGAAACUCCCUAAGGAUGACGAUCUCCCGAGUGAGCACAGAUACCAGCAGGACUGACCUACAAUUGACCUACAAUUGGCUUAUGUACUUUGUGGAUCUAAAAUGGCAGCACCUGGGAUUUUCUUCAUCUUCCACUAAGUGGACUUCUGUUGCAACCUCCAGCUCUCUUAAAGAAUGACCAGGUUUGGUCCCAUUGCUGAGAGUUCCUCUUCAACUCUGAAAAUACCAUCGUCUACUCAAGAGUUGUUCCUGGAUAGUUUCACUUUUCUCAUCAUUUCCUUCUUGUGCUCCCUCCUGGACUUAGUGUGGAAGAUCUCUCCCCAUCCCAGGGAUCACUCCAGAUGCUCCUGUGUGUCUACAAAAUUCCCUUGCAUCCAUUCCCAAUGGCCAGACAAAGAUGAUUCCCCUUCUUCCCACCAUGACCCUAGAUACGUGAUGAUGUAGAACACUCCUGAAGGAAAUUCCAGAGCUUUCUGGCAGUUUUUAUACAUAAGAAAACAGUUGCAGAAAUUAAAUACUGAUUGUUUAAUUCAUUUUUAUGUUUGGUGCUAAAGAUCAAACCCAGGAAUCAUACUAGAUAAGCAUUCUGUCACUAAGAUAUAUUCUUGGCUCCAUGCUUAACUUUUAAAUGCCAGAGAUUAUGUUUAAUAAAAUAUUAAAAUUCUUUUUA